AACAUAAAUUCAUCUCCCUUCACACUCACCUCCCACUCAGAUAAUAACACUUUACGUCUAUUCCUUGAUCAAACUACCAGCACACCCACGAUCUGCAAGCUCCAAUCUCAACAUCAUGGUGCAAGGAAGAUCCGCGGGCAACCCGCUCUGCGCGGGUUCCCUGUCACUCUUUAUGGCUACUUCGCUGCCAAAAGGAGAAGGGCAGCAACUGAAGAACCCUACCGAGGCUGUCGCACUUGCUGUACAUGCAGGUAUGCUUGCCGUGGGAUUUCGUCUAAUUGGACUGGGAGAAGACGACAGGAUAGAAGCAUCUGCAAAUGCAGAAGACCCACGCCCUCUACCAGCAGCAUGGAACGCCUCUUCCUCGUAUGCUUUUCGAUACGCGCACCCGCAAUCCGCCAUGGAGUACAUGAUCAACGUGAGUAAACGCGGAGUCAAAGCAAUGGUGGACGGUUUCGCAAUCGGGGACGACAACAUCAGACAUUUUGAUGUCGUAACGAAAGAAUACCUCUCCGAGUCUAUGCUCCCAAUCACCAUCUCAGAAGACACGCCCACAGAGCAAGCGGCGACCAAGCUACAAGACCUCUUCAUCUCAUCAGGACGGCUGAACGACCUUGGCGCACUAUUCAAAAUAUCCAUCGUCCAGAAACUCGCGCCCAGUAUACACAAGCCAGGCUACGAGGAGACGCGUACAGAUCGCGAACGCACACCCACUGCCGAGCGUCCGGCAUCACAGCAAAACCAGCCUCCCAAUCCACGCCAACCGCCUCGCGAUCCAGAACCUGCGCGCCCAUACCCGUACAACGAUCCCUUGGCUGCACAACCACAGCCAGGUCGACCGCUACCAGAACCCAUACCGGGCUUCGAGGACGAAUACGAGGUCAAUCGACCCGCACGCGGUGGUCUCCGCGACGACCGUUAUCCGGUGGGCAUAGGACACGACGACCUCUACCCGCAAGGUCUUGGGCCUAACGAUCCUCUCCGUCCACAUCUAGGCCCAGGGAUACCACGGCCAGGUGGAGGUUUUGGCGGCGGCAUGCAUCCCACCUUUGACGACCCGCUAUUCAGAGGUCAAGGCGGUCCGGGAGGAUACGACCCCAUGGCCCCUCCAGGCGCGCGAUACGACCCCAUCGGCCCUGGCGGUGCGCCGCGAGACAACCGUGGAGGACCCCGCUUCCCCGGUGGAGGAGGAUUCGGAGGAGGAUUCGGCGGAGCUGGGGGCAGGCCGCCGAAUCCGUUUGGCGGGUUCGGCGAUGGCGACUUUAUUUGAGGGGAAAGAAAAAGGAAUUGAGCGAGGAUAGGAAUCCCACGACACGACCAAGAACGGACACGACGAUCACGACCUCACGACUCGCAUGUCUAGUGUAGUACACCGAGCUUUCGACUGCGUCUGCGAUUUAUGAAUAUAGGAAGUAGCAUUAAAAUGCAUUCUUGACGUGCGUUGUGGCAUCACUGUAGGAGAGUUAGGUAGUACGCAAACAAUGCAUGAUCAAACACGAUAGUAGUAACAACAAGACCAACCCUGUUUGUC